UUUGUUUAAAUGAUUCGAACAGUACAACCGAUCGCUUAUACUUGCUGGUACACUCGACCCUCUAAUAUCAUAAGUGGACUCUCUGAUCUCUUUGUCGCAGUAAUUGUAUCGGUAAACGGCUUUGAUCGGUGAAUCGUCGACUAACGUCGCAGGUGGUAUUCAGUGAUCCAGAAUCCCAAGAGAUCGCAAUUCGCAGUAUGUAGUCAGUUAAACCUCGAGUAUCAAGCAGACUACCGACGAACCAACUAGCAAUUCCUUUCCUCCUCGGAUUGAUCGUCAGCUCUGGGUUGCAGUUGGGGCUAAGUGGGAUCGCAAUCAUUUUAAAGAUCAGUACGCAGGCGCGGCAUUCUCGCGCGUGUUGCUUGCUCUCCGAAGCAAAACUCCAGAAUUAGAAUAGACGAGAAAGCCAAGUAAUGUAAAAAGCGAAAAUAAAAUAAAAAAUUUAAUACAUCCGAGUUCAAAAAGUAGGAUUCGACAGUGCAGUUGUUGUUCCGUGAUUGUUCAGUGCAAGGAUUUUCCAAUUGGAUUAUUAUAUUUACCGAUCUGCAAACUGACGGUGCUAUAAGGACAGUCAACAAGUAUGGUGUGACCACGUGAAACUACCAAUCACAGAUGCGGUCGAGAUGGAUUCGCACGUUGGCCUGGAUUACAUCGUCGAAAACCCGGAUUACUGCAGUAAACUUGCUUCGGCUUUAAACACAGCAAAUACUUCGGUAAAGAAACAAGUGGUAGAAUUGCUAUCAGCUCUUUGCGUAUACAGCCAAGAUGGAAGACAAAGAACGAUCGAUACUCUCCACACUUACCAGGAAUUGAAAAGGGAACGUUAUCGGUUCCGCGUCGUUGUGGAUGAGCUUCAAAACGCCACAGGCGGCGAUUACCGGACUGCAUUACUCGCCUUUAUCAAUUGUUUGAUUAUCUCGACUCCGAUCUUGAAAGAUCGCGUACGAAUACGAAAUGAGUUCAUCGGUCUCAAGCUUGUGCCGAUACUCAACGAACUCCGAAAAGAAUCCAGCCGCGUACCGGAUUUGCAAGUUCAACUUGACGUUUUCGACGAACAACGAGAAAGCGACGAAGAACAAUCUCUCCAGGGGCCAUCGGGAAUCGAUUUAUCUUCACAUUUAGAUAUCUUCUACGCUAUACUCAAACAGAUCGCAGACACUCCACAGGAGAUACCAUUUUUGAGUAUCUUGCAACAUUUGCUACGUCUAGAUCCCAAGGAACCCGCUAGCGACUUGGCUUGGGAUACCGCGGAAACUUUGGUCCAUAGAGCAACCCUUCUGGAAAACAGAGAAGACGCUACAAAGCUUCUUAGAUCACCGAGUCUGCAGACGAAUCUAUGCUGUUGGGGUCGCGGUGGCGAUCAGAUAUGCACCGGAUCACGAAAAACUUCCGGUCCUCCUUUACCGCCUUUGCCACCUCCGCCUCCACCGCCGCCAAUUCCCGGUGCAUUUAACGUCGCAAUGGAUGUCGUACCGCCCCCGCCUAUGCCACCCCUCUUACUUUCGGACAAUAACGUCAGCCGGAAUAUCGGCUCGCAGAGACCACCCCCGAUUCCGCCCCCGCUACAGGUUCCUCAUGUGCAAAGAUCAGCGACACCGGAACCGCAGAAUUAUGUUACGAAACUUUUACCACAGCAAGAAAUUCCCACACCUAAAACUAAAAUGAAAACAAUCAACUGGAACAAAAUUCCGAACGAUAAAGUUAUUGGAAAACGUAAUAUCUGGUCACUGGUUGCUAAUAAUCAUCAAAAUACUCCGAUGACCGAUCUUGAUUGGGCGGAAAUGGAAGGUCUUUUUUGUCAGCAAAUGCCACCGAUGCUUCCACCGGCCGCUCUGUCGACAUCUUACUCUUCAUAUGGGACCGACACGGAAAAAAAGCGAAAGGAACCUUCCGAAAUCACACUUUUGGACGGAAAGAGAAGCUUAAAUGUAAAUAUUUUUCUCAAACAAUUUCGGAGCUCCAACGAGGACAUAAUUCAAUUAAUAAAAGAAGGGGGGCACGACGACAUCGGUGCAGAAAAAUUACGUGGCUUGUUGAAGAUUUUACCCGAAGUAGAUGAACUGGAAAUGCUUAAAUGUUUCGACGGCGAUCGAACGAAGCUUGGCAAUGCGGAGAAGUUUUUUCUCCAGCUCAUCCAGGUGCCGAACUACAAAUUGCGCAUAGAAUGCAUGCUCCUUAAGGAAGAAUUUGCGGCAAAUAUGAGCUACCUUGAACCGAGUAUAAAUUCGAUGAUCCUUGCUGGUGAGGAUCUCAUGACGAAUAAACCGCUCCAGGAAGUUCUGUACAUGGUACUGGUGGCAGGAAAUUUUCUCAACUCCGGUGGAUAUGCCGGUAAUGCUGCUGGUGUGAAAUUAUCAUCGCUUCAAAAGUUGACGGAAAUAAGAGCGAACAAACCGGGAAUGAAUCUCAUUCAUUAUGUGGCAUUGCAAGUGGAAAAAAAGAGGAAGGACUUGUUGUGUUUCACAAACGAAAUGAAAGCUCUGGAAUCGGCUACGAGGACAACCAUCGAACAAUUGAACAACGAGUUUAAUUCGUUAGACACGAAAAUAAAGAACGUAAAAAAUCAGCUGAAUAUCCCGAGUACCGAUCGUGAUAUUCAGGAACAAAUGGCUCCGUUUCUCCAGAUCGCUGAACGGGAAAUGACAGCGUUGAAGAGAGACAUGGAGGAACUCGAAGAAGUGCGUCGUUCUCUCGCUGAGUUUUUCUGCGAGGAUACGAAUUCAUUUAAACUUGAAGAAUGUUUCCGAGUCUUCCAGCAAUUUUGUCAAAGGUUCAAGCAGGCGAUUGCCGAAAAUGAAAGACGGCGUACGCAAGAGGAACAGGCAAUGGCCAGGCGAAGACAGAGGGAACAACAAUUGACUGCGAAGAAACGUUUAUUGAGUAACCAGGCCGAGACUCCAGGUUCGGAAUCAGAGACGAACAUAAUUGAUUCUCUACUUUACGAUAUCCACGCUGGAUUCCCAUUAAAGCAGAUUAAUCGGGGCGAUAUUAAGAUGAGAAGACUGCAAAAUGGAGGGGUCACUUCAGAAGAGGAUGUUUCGCUCUCUGGUGCUCAAGGUAUCCGUUGCCGCGUUGGUUCUUGCUCAGGGGGACCCGAUCAACAUAUGAGCAAAGAGGAUACUUACUCUCCUGAUAUCACGCCCAAUGGAAGUUUACGACGUCGCAGAAGUCGAGUACCAUCGGAAGAAGACGAUGGUAACUUGAUGGACUUUUUAAGGACGUCCGGAAACGAUAACGUCAGAGAUCGAAAGUCUUGGGGAAGUCUCGACCGAUCGUGGGCCCGCAGAGCCCGAGGGCAACCGAGACGCGGAGAUCUCUUGAAUGCAGAUUUCUCUGGUGAUCGAGAACGACCGAAUUCGCCAUCACCUCUCGUAGAAAACAAGCCAUUUUUACAGGAAGAAGAAACGAAACCGACCGGGAAAGCAUGGCGACAGAAGAUCGAGGCAUGGUUAUCGGAAAAUGAAAAAGAAGAACGCGCUGGCGAAGAGCUUCAACGUCGGGCACGUCAAUUGCAGGCGAACCGUCGGUCUUUCGAAGAUUCUGGUAGCGAAGGCAAAAGCUCAACGAUGAAUGUAUUAUUCGAAGACAAACCAGCGCAGCAAGAAUAUUCAAGAGUUUAUUCGGACUGGCGUCCUACCGUAGAAGAAACCGACGUCAUGCGUACCAUGGAGGCCAUUGAAGAAGUUCAACCGCAAUCACCUCAAAAAGAUAAAUCUUUGUGGCGAAAGUCUACUUUGAACGUAUCGAACAGCUCGGAAGAAGUUGAUCCUCGAUAUCUGAAGAGGCUAAAUUUGAGGGCGAGUAUGGAAAACGUCCUUGCGCCAAGCACUUUACAAGCGAUCCGAGAAGAAGAGCGUAAGAAGAACAUAAUAUCGAGUGUACAGGGUCCAGACGACUUGACGAUAUACAUCCGUCAACCCUAUUCUACGAAUUCCAAGAUACCGCAGGAAAUGGACACCUUCGAAGAGUCUGCGAGUCCGCAGAACAGGAAAUGUUCGAUGAAACCUGCAGUUAAGAGUACAUCCACGGACGAACCGAUAAGUGAUAAAAUUGAGAUCGAUUCCGACAACAUUGAAACACCACCUGCAACGAGACGAGUAUUCAGCCCGCCCCGCGAAGUGAAACCAGUGGAGAAAGAGCCCUGCCGAAGAGAACGUUGCAGCAGUUCUUUGCAAGCCCGCGAAUCCAAAGUUCCGCAGUUGAAGGUAUCAAACCCACCGACAGACCAGGGAACCGGACAUUUCGAUCGUUAUUCCGCAGCGCGACGAACUCGUAGGUAUAAAAAAAGCCAGGACGCCAUAAUCCACAAAGAAAAUAAACACGAAAUCGAGUCACCCGCGAUCGAAGUUACGCAGGAAAAACCCCAGAGACCGAGAUCCCUGCUUUUGACGUCCGAAGACCAGAAAACCGACGAUUCAGAUUCACUUCUACGCAUAUGGCAGAACAGAUUGAAGCAACGAAGUUCCAUUAAAAAAGACGACAUUAAUACAGCUCUCAAGGAAAUUGAGAAAUCUGGAGAAGAUCUGCAACAUCUGGCCCUAACUACGAAUACCAAUUCGCAAUCUCAGAGGAAUGGUAAUAUCCGAGGUAGUCCGGUUGUACAACCGGCGCCCAUUAUUCCUGUUACCAACACCGUACUGAGCCCGGUUAUGCAGGAAACUCGACCCAGGGAACCAACGGUGAUAGUUGUUGAUCAGGCAAGGGCUAUUCCAAACCGUGAAAGAAAUCGAAGUAUGAUUGACCCUAGCCAAGUGAAGGAAGCGCUUCGCAUAAGCGCUGAGGCGUGUAUGGCGACUAAUGAAGAUAAUAAUAGAAUAGAAAUAAACACACCAAAGCAAACGUCGAUGUUUAAAACUAAGUUUAUACCGGAUAUUAGCGUCACUUCCAAUACUAUGACGAAGGUCAAAGCGGAGCAGGAAUUCAAUGACGAAGGUUUCGAGGAAACGCAGAGUCUUGUCUCCGAGACGUUGAGUCAGGGUACGUCGUCGGGUGGAAAUUAUGAAACCGACGCUCACGACUCAGCCAAUAAUUCAUCCGCUAAAAUAAUGCAGUGCGAUAAUAACGAUGAAACGGAUAACAGGAACGGCGGAUCGAAGGGGAAGACUCUGAAACCAACUUCGAAGCUGCAAUCUUAUGUACAAAGGACUUCAUCUUUAAGACCGGUUAGAGGCGAGAAGACGCGGUAUCCGCCCAAGAGAACGGGCAGUCUCGAAAGAGCUGAAACACCGAAAAUAAAGAACUCUAGAAACGAAGUGGAACGAUCAAGUUCCAGAAGUAGUUUGCGUAGUUCGCGAAGUUCAUUGAAUAGUUCUACCUCAGUUAACACUGUAAGAAACAUGGCCCCCGGUCAUCAUCAAUUGGGAGGAUACACAUCCGCGAUUCGCGCACUUACGACCAAUCUACGUAAAAGCCCGGCUAUAUCGUCGUCAGUACCACCUGUUCACAACGCUGGAAGAAAACAUACGAAUCAAAGAAGUGGAACCAGCAGAAUUCCGGCUAGUCGAAGCAGCAGUAGCGGCAGUAGUAUUGGCCCCGCGAUUAGAAAUGUACAGAAACCCAAUUUGGUAAACAACGUUUCGGAUUCGAAGUCGGGCAAUUUCAGGAAUCGGCCUGUCGUAACAUCUCGAAGUAGCAGUAGCAGCAGCAGUAUCGAUCCCCAUUCCCAGCAGCAGAUUCUUCAGCAGAAUCGCUCGACUCCCGAAAGAUUGGCGGGAGCUAGUCGUAGUAGAUUGUUGCAACCACGAGCCAGUAGCAUUGUUCACAGCCAUAGUUUCAUGCGACCGACCGCAGCCAGUGUUAAUAAAGGUUCUAUUUCAAACCUACCCAAAAGCAUAAGAAACUUGGCAAAGUAGAUCGAGUUGCGUGUUACCCCGUAACUGUGAAAAAUGUACAUUUAUACAAUUAUCAUUUUACGUAAAUAAUAGUUACGCAAAACGUAUUCAGACUUUUACUUCUGAAUAAUUUUUUUUUUUUUUUUGUUGUUUUUAGUUUAUAAUUGUACGUUGAUUAUUUUAUCCGCCUGAAUGAAAUUGUGACAGGAAUAUAUAAUCUAUAUUUAGUUAUAAAACAUUAUAUCAGACGGUUAAAACAAACAUAUAUAUAUAUAUAUUAUAUAAAUCGAGUCAAGCAUGCAGUAAGAGCAUGAUAGCGGAUCUUGAAAUAUUUAAGUAGAAUAAAUCAAUUAUCAUUCGAAACAAUACCUUAUAAUUCUGUAAUGAACUUUGUAAUUAACACUGCGUAACUCAUGUAUGCUAUAUAAUCGCGGACUAUGAGAUGAAAUGGUUGUAUGAGUAUCCACGUAUUAUAGGUAAUUAAUAAUGGUCGCCUAUUAUAUGCUCAGUAUGAUUGUACCUGCCCGUGUAUAAAGACGAUUCAUUAAUCUGCACGUACGUACAUCAAUAGAUUUUUCAUACCAAUACAUGAA